UGUUGCAGUCUUAUUUCAGGUGCCUGAUACCAUAAGGCUUAAUAAGUACUUGACAUUUGAAGUGAACGCAGAGCAAGAAGGUGAAGAAGUUUAGAAUUUAGCACCAUCCACGUUGUCACUAUGUCGACCAAGAGUGCCGAUUCGAUUGCCAUUGAAGAGGGUCGGGUACCAGCCGCGAUUGAGCCCGGACGCGGCUAUCAAGUUGGAAGUGGCGACAAUGAGGAAGGGGGCUGCAGCAAAUGUCUGUCCACCUUGUUGUUGGUGGUGUCCAUCAUCCUGGUCAUUGUCACUCUUCCCAUUUCCAUUUUUAUGGUGGUGAAGCAGGUUCAAGAAUAUCAACGAGCCGUGAUCUUCCGAUUGGGUCGUGUGAAGAAGGGUGGAAGCGUUGGACCGGGCUUGUUCUUCAUCAUCCCGUGCGUUGACAGCAUUUCGGUGGUGGAUUUGAGGACGGUCUCUUUUGACGUGCCGCCCCAAGAGAUCUUGACCAAGGACAGCGUGACCGUAGCUGUGGAUGCUGUGGUCUACUACAAGAUCCAGAACCCAAUGGCGUCGGUGUGCAAUGUGGAGAAUGCGAGUGUGUCCACCAAGCUCUUGGCCUCCACUACAUUGCGGAAUAUUCUGGGCAUGAAGAACUUGUCCGAAGUUCUCUCUGACCGUGAGCACACGGCAGCCGAGAUCCUGAGACAAUUGGAUGUGGCCACGGAUCCUUGGGGAAUCAAGGUCGAGCGUGUGGAGGUCAAGGAUGUGCGACUGCCACAACAGCUUCAACGAGCCAUGGCCGCCGAAGCCGAGGCCAGUCGAGAGGCCCGAGCCAAGGUUAUUGCGGCUGAGGGCGAACAAAAGGCCUCCCGGGCCUUGAAGGAGGCCUCCGAUAUCAUGUCCGAGUCACCAGCCGCCCUUCAAUUGAGAUACUUGCAAACCUUGUCGCAAAUCUCGGCUGAGAAGAACUCGACCAUCAUUUUCCCCUUGCCCAUGGAGAUGAUGAAUCAAUUUGCCAAUCAAUCAUCCCACUCGAGGUAGAGCAAGGUGUGACGCCAGAAGGAGGAAUGACUGAUUUGCUGUCUUUUGUUGGUUCAACAAGAUUGUAUUAAAGGGUUAUUUUUGGACGCUUUUCCACAACUCUGCAAAAUAUGUUCAUCUCCGUGUUCAAUCUGAAGUCCGACACAUUUGGUCACUAAACUUAAAAUAUCCACACUAAGUCUAUGUGGUCAAUGAUUUUCAAAGUUCAAUAAACUACCUAUAUGCAAUGAA